GCUCUGAGGAGAUCAAACCUUUUAAAGCCACGACCGAGCCCCAGCAGGAGUCAUGUCAAUCAUCUUUGAAUUUUCUGACAAUUUCUACGACCUGCUGAAUGAAAGCACCAACAACAACCUAACGCUCAUCAUCGAUCCAAGCAAGUUAAUAUGUGAGCUGAAGCCUCUGGAGCCCACAGCAGCCGUGACCCUGUGCGUCUUCCUCAUCGCCAUCUUCUUACUGGCAAUACCAGGGAACCUGUUGGUGGGGUGGGUGAUCAGCACCAGCAAACAGAACCUGACCCCUUCGGAUGUGUACCUGUUUCAUCUGACAAUAGCUGAUGGCCUGAUUGCGCUCACCCUCCCGUUCUGGGCUGUGGCAUUCGUCCAGGGAUGGCUCUUCGGAGGCUUCAUGUGCAAACUCCUCAGGCUCGUCAUCGAAGCCAACUUCUACACCAGCAUCAUUUUCCUGGCCUGCAUCAGCAUCGACCGCUACCUUGUGAUCGUGCACUCCAGCGAGACUCUCAAGAGCCGCCAGAGGAUGUGCAGCCGGCUCCUCUGCGCAGCCGUCUGGGCCUUCGGCUUGGCCCUCGGCCUGCCGGCGCUUUUCAACGAAGCCACCCAGUUCAACCCGGACUCGGACAGGAUGAUCUGUGCUGAAAGCUUUGACGUCGGCAGUGCCAGCUCCUGGAGGAUCUCCACGAAUGGGUUCCGCCACAUUUUCGGCUUCUUGCUGCCUCUGGGUGUCAUGAUUGUCUGCUACAGCAUCAUCACAGUGAGGUUGCUGCGUACACGCGGUUUCCAGAAGUACAGAGCCAUGAAGGUCAUUGUGGCCGUGGUGAUUGCGUUCCUACUCUGCUGGGUGCCGUACCACAUAACCAUGAUCAUAGACACGCUCAUGAGGGCAAAUGUGAUCUUGUUUGACUGUGCGAUGAGGAUGUCGUUGGACCUGGCUCUGCGGGUGACCAACAGUCUGGCUCUGCUGCACAGCUGCAUCAACCCGGUCCUCUACGCGUUCGUGGGCGAGAAGUUCAGGAAGAAAGUGCUGCUGCUUUUUCAGAAGAAGGUCAGAAAAGAGAGGGCCUCAUUGUCAAGGUUCAGCAGGUCCACGUCUCAGACCUCAGAGGGAAACGGAAUUUUUUUUUAAAGACUUUUCACAUUUUUAUUCUUAUUUGCUUAUUUGAGUUUUUAUCCCGGAAAGAAAGAGUUACGACAACUGCAAGAUGUUCUAGAAAUGCAGGAACCCCCCUCUGGAAAAGUGGUCAUGCAAUUCGGUAACCCUAGGUGGCAGUGCAGGAACCCCCUACUUGCAAACAUAUUUUAAAGUGAUCUCCAAGACACAGCAAUGUCACCAAAUUUACAAAGUAGUAAUUUAUCUAUAAAAGGUCUGCAGGACGUUUUUCAGUUCAGCCUCUGUGCUUUAUGUGGCUCACUGCUGCCACCUGUUGAACUCACCAUCACAUACAAUACAUCCACUAUUCAAAACCUUGAUCUCCAGUCUCCUGUUUUUUUCUGUGCAUGAUGCUCCUAUGUUCUGUGUCCUUGUGUUUAUUUAUGCAUUCGAUUUAUACACCAGCUUUAAAGUUUGUAUCUAUUUCUGUCUGUUUGCAAUAAAAGUGAAAAGCUCUGCAA